GAAGAUUGUCAAGCCGUCUGGGUGUGAGCAACCACCCGCCAGUGGAGCCGCUUUUCCUGCGAAACAUCCAGUUUGCUUUGAAUCGUCAGCGUUCUAAGAGGCGUGGAGUGGAGACCAUGUGGUGUUUGAAGCUGCUCUUACCGUUACUGCUCAUCGUCAAUGACGUCAGCUCCCAGUGGAACGUUUGGGUACCGCGGGACAUCUCGGCCAUGACCGACACCUGCGUGGUCAUCCCGUGCACCUUCAUGUACCCGUCGGGCAUCAGGCCGUACCGCGGCGUCCACGGCAUCUGGUACUACGGCCAGCCCUACCCGCAGCUCUUCCCGCCGGUGGUGUUCAAAACUCGCACGGAUGUGGUGCACGAGAGCUACAAGGGUCGCACCAAGAUGCUGGGCGACCUGCAGCAGAGGAACUGCACGCUGCUCAUCAACAGCCUUGGCCCAGAGCACUCGGGGAGAUAUUACUUUCGCGCCGACCUUGGUGGGGCCAAUAUAUACACCUUUCCGGACUUUGCUGAGCUUAAGGUUCUGGAACGACCCGACAUCGACGUCCCGGAGGAGAUCGUGAGCGACGAGAGCCUGACGUUGACGUGCUACGCUCCCGACAACUGCCCAGACAUGAGCCCCGAGAUCGAGUGGAUGUACACGGACUACCUGCCUGACCCCGAGUUCAGCUCCGACUACCAGGAGGAGGGCAACACGGUCGUGCUCUCCCGCACCCUGGUGUUCACCCCCAGGCCGGUGCACAACGGCCAGCUGCUGGGCUGCCGGAUUUACUACCCGAACACCACGCUGGUCUAUGAGAGGCUUGUCUCUCUGGACAUUAAGUAUGCUCCCCGUUCAGUGUGGGUGAACGUCUCCUCGGAGGUGAUGGAGGGCAGCUCUGUGACGCUGCACUGCGAGGUGGACAGCAACCCCCCUCCCAGGAUCUCCUGGAGGUUCGGAACCCAGGAGCUGCUGUGGGACACCGCGUCCAACCUGUCGCUCACCGUGGACGACGUGACGCCGGCGGAGGAGGGCGUGUACACCUGCGUCGGCGAUAACGGCUACGGCACCAUGAAUACGUCGCUCUACUUGGCCGUCAAGUACCCUCCCCGCGAGCCCGUCGUCAACGACACCCUGACCGUGCUCGAGGGCGCCUCGCUGAUGCUGCACUGCAGCACUCAGGGCAGCCCGCCGCCCACCCUCACCUGGCUGAAGGACGGCGAACUGGUGGGCGCAAUCACUGCUGAUGAGCUGUCCGUGCUGGAGAUUGAGAGCAUCACGCCGCAGGGCGACGGCCAGUACCGCUGCCUGGCCGAGAACGAGCACGGCCGGGCCAGCAGCUCCCUGAACAUCACCGUGGAGUAUGCUCCCGUCCUUCUGGACGAGUCCAAAUGCACGGUGGUGCGGGAGGGCGUCCAGUGCGUCUGCAUAGCUACGGGAAACCCCGAGCCCACCAUCGAGUUUUACCUGCCCGACUUGAACGUCACCAUCAACGAGACGGAGGGCCGCUUCAACUUCUACACACACACGGAUGGACAGACGUCCACGGGUAUGAUCAAACUGCGGGAGAAGGGUGAGCGGGCCAGCAACGACGGUCCGGCAGUCAACGUCCACUGCAGCAUCUCCAACGUAUACGGGAGAGAAAGCGUCCUCCUGGAGCUGCAGCAGGAGAAGAAGUACCUGAUGGCAGUCAUCGUGGGAACAAUCGGUGGUGUGGCGGUCAUUGCCUUCAUCAUCGCGGCAGUGAGAUACGUGGGCCACAACAACAAGAAAGAGAAUGGCUUUCCUAGGCAGGACGUGGUCCUGGAGAACCCCGCUUUGUACUACAGCGCAGUCAAGAAGGACAAACAAAAUCUGAGGAAGAAAGUGCUUAAGACAGAGCUGUUGGGCUCAAAGUUUAACUCCAUACUAGAGGAGAGCACGGGAGAAGACGGGGAUUUCCAACCUGCAGGCUCUCUGGCAGGCAUGGAGAGGCAAGAGCUGAACUACGCCGCCCUGGAGUUGAGUGGGCCCAGGGAGGGGCUCUCAGGGAGGGGGGACGAUGGCAGCAGCUACGCCGAAAUCAAGGCCAAAUGAAUCGCAAUCCUUCCCUGAUGCCUCGGCCGUGCGAGACGCAGUUGCACCCCCCCCCCCCCUCCCCUCCCCCUUCUUUUUUUUUCUUUUUCUUUUGGUCAGAUUUUCACGCGUGAGUGCUAAACAUUUCUCCACGGAGCAAGACCCACUGGAAAAAUGUAUUGGGAUUCAUUGCUAGUUGUUUUUACCCACGUUUUUGUCUCUACUAGGGUGUAACGGUAUGCCAAAAAUCACAAUACAGGGGGUCCUCGGUUUACAACGGUCCCAACAUACAAGUUUUUGAGGUUACACACUUUAAAUUAGUGCAGGAAUGACUGAUUUUCUGUUGAUCGUUUUAUAUUUAUGGCCUACAAGUGUUUUUUUCAUACAAAAUAUACUUUAUGACUUUCUUACUGCAUUCGUGUAGGUUAGUGAUAGACUACAGUGCGUUCCAUUUUACGUUCAAAUUUGGAUUACAUCGCCGCUGGAAGAACAGACCUCGAUCAUAAAUCCAAGGACCCCCUUGACGGUUCGGUUCACGUUGGGGUACAGUAAGGGAAUAAAACAUAACUGAUUUAUUCUUUUGUAUAAACACAUUUAAUGAUUUUUUUAAUGCUAGUGGUAAAUUCACUUAUAAAUGAAAGAAAAAAAAUAAUCAUGUAUAAAAGAACAUCAUUUAUAACUUAGAUUAAUUAUUUUCUUCUUUGGAAACUGCAACAGUGACAGUUUGAACUAGGAGUGUAACAGUACGCCAAAAAUCACGUUUGGGUGCGUACCUUGGUUUUAAGGUUGUGGUUUGGAUCGCAUUGGAUACAGUAAGUGAACAAAAUGCAGACAGAAAACUGAUUCCUUCUUCUUUUGAGUGAACAAGAACAGAUUUUGACAAUAAUAAUAAUGUCAAUGAGCUGGCUGUACAUUCUCAAGUAAAUCCUCAGAUACUGUGUGUAAUAAAAUACAUAUUUAAUAUUAUUUUAUUAUUUUUAUUUUUUUAAAAAGGAAAUCUUUUCUUUUUAGGAAAAUAAAACAUGAAUAGGUUGUCUUACAUGGCAAUGUAAGACAACCUAUUCACUUAAACACUCAUUUUCUGUUUUUUUUUUCAGGUAUUCCUUAGCAGUUAGCAUAGCUUCUGUUUUCUUUCACUCUUCGUUACUCUUGUCGCAUGUUCAGCUACUCCUCGACCUUGUUUAGCUAUCAUGAUACUUGUACUAGGUGUAGUUUUAUUGGACGUUAUGGAGUUGAGCACUAGUAGCUCAGCAGAGCACUUAUCGUCUGCUCUCAGCAGAUCCUGACCUACUGGGAAAUCAGUGAGGCUGGGUGACUGAAGUUUGAUGUACCAGCUGUGAUGCCCACUAGCCAGAGGCUGAGCUGCACUGUGUUUGAACACUGACUCAACGUUUGGCUAGAACACAAGGCAGAUAUGCUAAGGAAAUGUAUUUUUUCCCCUCUCAAACAUUAUAGCCUUUGUAUUAGGACUUUUUUCUCAUCCAAUGAAAAUGACAAGAAGUAGGAAAGUUGACGGAUCGAAUUUGCAAUUUUACAAUAAGGUCAUAUUUUCAAAUCACAAUCUUCCAAGCGUUGUCAAUUGUAAUGUACUGUAAAUAUAAAAUAUUUGUUAAACAUCGAUUUUUUUUUUCUUCAAACAUUACAAAUUUGUUAUAUUUCCCACAAAAUGAUGCACUUUUUUCUUUAUUCAAAUUUUAUUCUCGUAGUAUUACAACCUUUUUCUAUUCCAAUAGAAAUGACGAGAAGUCGCAUACAUAUGGAAUAGUCUGAAUUUCAUGAGACCAAAAGUUGUAUUUUUCAAGUCACAAUCUUACGAGAGUUGUCAAUAGUAAUGUAAACGUCCUAAGAAUGAUUAUUAUUUUUUUAAUGUUGAUUUUUAACAAAUAUUACAAAUUUGUUCUUGUAAAAUUUAAGGUUUUUUUUCACCAAACUAUAGCUUUAUAACUUGAACAUUCAAAUUUGAUUUUCGUAGUAUUAUGACAUUUUUCUCAUCCGAUUAAAAACUGCCGAAAAGUCGUUAAGGUCAGAGAAGAAAGUUGUAUUUUUGAAGUCAUCAUCUUACGAGAGCUGUCAAUAGUGUAAAUAAUAUGAAAAGAAUAAAAAAAAUGUUUUUAACAAAUGUUACCAAUUUGUUCUUGGAAAAGUAAAACUUUUCUCAUAAAACUAUGCUUUUUAAAAAUAUAGAUUUAUUUUCUGAUUUGAUUCUUUUAGUAUUUUCCAUUUUAAUAUUUUUCCUCAUCCAGUAAAAACUGAUCGGAAGUCUUAAAGUUAAAAGAAUAAAGUCAUUAUUUUCAAGUUGUAAUGUACAAAAUAUUUGUCAAGGGGCCCGAGGCUGAGCUGCACUGUGUUUGUUUACCGAGUCGACUUGUGGCUAAAAUGUGAGAAAGUUGGACUUCCUGGACCUUGCUCAUUAUGUUCCGUACCGAAAAAAAUCCCGUACCGUUACACCCCUCGUCUCUUCAGUUGUCGCACCACUUGAGUCAACAUUUUUUGUGUGUCCAUUUUUGCGUCCUUGUCACUGUGUCUGCUGCCAGUCAAAGCAUGAGGGAAAGGGUAAAACUGUGCUUUUUGUUGUGGUGGUUGUCCUUUAUGGCAAAUGAGAGGAAUUUCUCCCCUACGGAAGUUCAAAAUGGUCACACUUUAUAUUUCACUUUCACAGGGAAAACAAGGUGAAUUUCCUUUUCGGACUUCCGUAAAUUCUCUGUCCUUUUUUGUCCGAUUAGAGAUAGACGGAACCUUAUGUCAGUAUUUUAUAUCGUAUUUAACGUGUACAGUAAUCAAAAUGGUUGCCGUCUCCUUUAAGAGUCAUUAAAAACAUUUAGAAAUGUAACAAACUCAGUAUUUGAUGGGUUUGGGGGUUGCAUUUGUUUUUGUAUUCCACCACACUAUCUCUAAUGCACAGCUCUCUGAUUGAUUGGAAAAAAACACAACAAAACACACUUGGAGAACGUUAUCUCGUUUUGACUGUGUGUGUACGUAUGCCUGUGCUUGUAUGUGUGUUCAAAUUGUGCUGGGACAUUUCACGGUUGCUUUUUCGGGAGCAUUUGUGGCUCUUUCGUGGGGAUGUUCUCACAACGUUGCAUCAGAUGUUUGAAAUAAUACACUGUAUCGUUGCUAAGCUAAUAGUCUAAUUUAAUAACCAUGAUGUCAAUAACAUAUUAAUGCAUAUGUAUAUUGAUGAAAAGAGGGAUGCUAGAACAAACAAUACAAGGAAGUUCCAAAAAUUGCACCAAAAGUUCAACAUUACUGUUGGUGGUGAUGUUUUGGAUCAUUUCAAACAUAAUACAUGUUGUGUAUUUCUGGUCU